AUGGUUUCCUUUUCAUGUGAGGCCUGUGGUGAUGUCCUCACCAAGAAAAAGCUUGACCCUCAUCGCAACCAAUGCCGAGGCGCAUCCUUCACUUGCAUCGAUUGUAUGGUACACUUUCAGGGCACUAGCUACAGAUCGCAUACGUCAUGCAUGUCCGAGGCCCAAAAGUACCAGGGCGCAUUGUACAAGGAGAAGCCGACGAAAAACCAACGGAGAAAUCAAAACCAAAAUCAGAACCAGAACCAGAACCAGAACCAGAACCAGAAAAACAACACCAACGGCAAACACCGUGCUCCGUACGUCGAAGAUGGUCCCGACAGCGAUAAUUCAAAAGGCAACGCGCCCCCGCCUGCUCCUAGUCCACCACCUACGAGCACUGAGAAGCCCUCUGCCACUACCGCUGAGGAGUCGAAGUCGGUUAACGUUUUCGACUUUCUCGUGACCGCAGAUACCCCCAAUGCAUCCAAAGUCUCGCUUGGUGGGCCCAAGGAGCAAAUGAAAAUGGUUGAUCAUGCUCCGUCUGUCUUCGAGCCGAGCAAGGCAUCAGCCCACGCCGAGGCGGAUAAUGAUGACGAAAAGAAGGACUUCGAUGUGGCAUAUGAGGAGAAUGGCUUCUCAUAUGGGGCUGGUCCGAUUCAGCCCUCGGUUUACCCAGGCAAAGCUCCCAACGUUUCCAUGGAGUUCAUGACCCCGGCGCCGAAAAAGAAGAAGGAUCGUGCGCGUGGAGAGAACGACCAAGCCAGUGCUACGACCAGCGACAAGAAACGCAAGCGCCGUACGGAUGAUCAUGACAUGGACAUUGACUCUCCGAUGGCCGAGGCCCCAUCGAGUGUUGUGAACAAUCCGGGUACACCGAUGCUGAAACACUCAGGCCUCACUGGUGGCUUGAAUCGUAUGAUGCGAUCUCCGUCCACAGAAGAUGGGAAUGCGUCCAAGGAAGACUCCCGACGACGGUAUCAGGACCCCUCCUCGCCAAUCAAGCGGACCCGCCGCGAUCAUAAGGAUGGUGACAACGAUUCGGGUCUGGGUAUUUCUAUGAAACAAAAGGCAGGACGUCUUGUCUCAUCCAUGUUUGGAGGCUCUGCCGUGUCGGGAAGCAGCAACAACAGCCAGGAGCCGGAGGCUCGCCGGUCGAAAAAAUCUCACCGCGUGGCCAGUCCAUCCCAAGAUCAGAUGCCGUCUGAUUCCCGGAAGACAAAACGGAAGGUCAGCGCUCAGGCAGGAGGGGACCGGCCCUCCCAGCGGCUAAAGCAGAUUGAAUAUAACGGUUCCCAACAAGGCGACGACGGCCGCGAGGUGGUUGUUUAUCGGCAGGAGAAUAUUCCCAACGAGUUACAACGACAAAUGGCUGCCCAUUUCCUUUCCCUCGUGACGAAGGGCCCAGAGAGCUCACGAGGCUUCUCUGUAAACAAGGUAUUGAAGCGGUUUCACCGCGAGUUUACCGAUGAAUUUGAUGACGAUCGUGGCCGCGGUCAAGGGCGGAGCCGUGCAGAUCGCGAGCGGAGAAUUGAGGAUGAGAAGGACUUGUGGCGCACAUUGAGGGUGAAGCAGAACGAGCGAGGAGAGGUCGUUCUCUUCUUCUGA